AUGGGGAAGAAGCGGGUGAUGUUGCCGGCGAGUGAAAUUGACUUGACGGAAGUGAAAUACGAGCAGGAACAAAUCCAGGCGUUUAAUUCAUGGAUUGAUGGUGGUUUUGCAGCUCCUCAUUUGACGGGGUUGAUGCUGAAGGUUUUUGUUAAGUUAAUCGAAGCGCCAUUGAUUGGUUCUCUGAUCAUAUCUCAAUUGAAAAAGCAGAAUAAAAUGGUUGAGAUGUUGCGGAAUACUGUGAUACCAGAGACACCCAUGUUUAAACCCGAGUUCCCUCCUCAAGAUUUGCUUUGCACCGGUGCUUCCUUGAUGUUAGGAAUUAGAUUAGAAUGA